ACGCGAGUAACGCCUGUGGGCAUGGCAGAUUUAAUAUAAAGAAAAAGUUUGAUAUCAGUAACAAGUGAGAUGAGCGAGCAUCACAUUGUUGACGCCCACUUUCACCUGUGGUCACUGGCAACUCAUCCGUGGCUCACUAACGUUAUAGCUCGGGGUAAAGAUGGUCAUAUUGCUGGAGACUUUGGACCAGUUGCUGAGUACGAUGUGGAAAAAUAUGUAAAUGAAGCUUGCCCAGCUGGUGUGACAAAAGCAGUUCACGUUGAAGCUGUUUGGCCCGGAGAUCCAGUCGGAGAAACUAGAUGGCUUGAAGAAAUUUCCAGAAAGAAUUCUCGAGGUUUUCCACAUGGUAUUGUUGCUCACUGUGAUUUGUCAUCUCCUAACGUGGAGGCAAUUCUGCUUGAACACUCUAAGUAUCCUAGAGUGAAAGGAAUACGACAACUGCUUGAUUAUCAUCCAAAGCGCAACAAUCUACAACAAGCUCCACAUGACAACUAUCUAACCAAUCCUGUCUGGCAAAAAGGAAUCGGUUUGCUAGAAAAAUACAACUUCUCAUUUGAUCUUCACGUUGUCUCGUACCAAAUGGAGAGAGCAAGUGAAGUGAUGCGGAUGUAUCCCAAUGUUCAAUUUAUUGUAGACCACAAUGGCCUUCCUGUCGAUCGUGAUGAAGAAGGCAUCAAGUUAUGGAAAGAAGGAAUGCGACUUCUCUCUCAGCACUCCAAUGUCGCUGUCAAACUAUCAGGAAUGGCUAUGUUGGAUCGUCUCUGGAAUGCCGAGAGCAUCAAACCAUUCUUGUUGCACAGCAUUGAAAUGUUUGGAGCUGAAAAGUGCAUGUUUGCUAGCAACUUUCCGGUAGACAAAGUCAACGCUGAUUAUGCUACACUAGUUGGUGCCGUAAAACAGACCAUUGGUCAUCUGUCGGCUCGUGAUCAAUCUUGCAUCCUAGCCACUACAGCUGAACGAAUUUAUAAACUGUAGCUAAUUUGUCAGAUUUCUGAUUGUGUGACUCGAUAUUUUAGAGUUUUUCAAUUAUUUGUCAUUCUAUGUGCAUGCAUGCUCUUUUCGGUGACAAUGCUACAUUUUUACCUAUGUAGAGAUGUCGCGUGUAGCGUCAGCGACUAACUAUAUAUUUCUUUAUACAGCUGUUUUGUGUAUAACAAUGGCGAAUGCUCUGAUUAAUAUCUAGACAUA